AGUGAUGUGUAGUGCUUCGCAAACAGCUGUAAUUUUUAACCUUGAAGUUUGGGCUCAUUUUAAUUCCAUGAAAUCAUCGGGCUAGCUCGCUAUCCGGGCCAGCUCGCCUCCACGUAAUCAGACCCUAAGUAAUGGCGUUCGGUGAAUGCAUAGAGAGUUGGACAAUUAACGCGUCAUUUCAUUAAACAGAGAGCAUAAAACCCAUUUUUGAAUCUCACUUAAGUUUUAUGUAAAUAAUAUUAAAUAUGUAAUAUUAUUUCAACUGUAGUUUUAUAAAUCUACUUAUGGUCAUAAUCUUCUUAGGCUAGUCGAGGGCUCUGUGGCUAGCUCAUGUACGUAAUCGCGUAUCUAUUUUUAUUAUUUCUAAUAAUGCUAAAAACUUUCGCCAAUCCAAUAUGGCUGCUUCGUGCACUAAAAAACUAAUUUCUUUAGAUUUCGAAGUUUUUGGCAAAGUUCAAGGUGUAUUCUUCAGAAAGCAUACGCAGAAAAAAGGAAAGGAAUAUGGAGUUGUUGGUUAUGUGAAAAACACACAACAUUCUACUGUUGUAGGUCAAUUGCAGGGAGAAAAGCAAAGUGUUGAUUUAAUGAAAGUGUGGUUAUCCACAGAGGGAAGUCCUAAAUCAAAAAUCACUAAAUGCCAGUUUUCCAAGGAGAGAUUUAUUGAAAAAGUUGAACAUACUACCUUUAGUAUUGCUCAUUAAGGAACCUCAGGCAAAACUAAUUUAAGUAGAAUCAGAAACCAAGGGAUGCAUACAUGCAUUGUUUUCUUAUGUAAGCAUUAGUUUUUAUGCAUUGAAUGAAAUGUUCAGUUUGUUCAAUGUUUGUUAUUCCCAAGUCCCAACAUUUAACCAUUCACAUUCUUGGCAUGAAAUUACUUACAAAACACUAGAAUUUAAUGCUCUUCAUGCUUGUUCAUUAUAUAGCAUUCCAAGAUUUUUUUAUGUUAAAGCAUUAACAAUCUCAAUAAAAAAUAGUCAGAUAAAAUA